AUGGCAACUCGAAAGCCAACAACUAGCCCAAUCAUUCACCUCUGCCGCCGUAAAACUCUCCGCAUGCUCCUCACCCGCAGCGGCAACGCCAGUAGCGACGGAGGAAGUGAUCGACGGCUAUUUUCCGAGGACGAUGCGUCGCCGGAUCGGAUAUUCAGCGACGGAGAUUCGCCGGAUAAAAAGGAAGUGGUGGUGAGAAACAAGCUUAAGGAUUUGUUCGUUUCGUCGCCGGAAAAUUCAAGUGCCGGUGGUAGUAUUGGAUCGGCAGUUCGGAGAAUUCAGCCGUUGACGGCAACGUUGCUUAAGAUUACAAAAUAUUUUUUAUUCAAUUCUUCAAAUAUUUCUUGUCGGAGAAAACCAUCUUUAGAAAGAGGAGCUGGAAAAAGACUGCAAAUUGUAAAUUCCCAAAAUAAGAAGAAAUGUUUGAGGUGCAAUACUCUUUAUGAAGACGAAGAUAAUUCCCCCAUUGCCUGCUCUUUCCACGGCCACACUAAUGGAGAUAAAGGACUAUUUUCUCUGGCUCCGCCUCACCAAGGAAUCGAUGGAGAAUGGAGCAAUGGAUCUGGAGUAAUCGUCUAUAAGUGGAAUGACAAGGAUAAGAGGCCAAAUACAGGAAGAAAAAAAACUGGAAAAAGAGAUGGAGUUGUUGUGCUGAGUAUGAUGACAAUGCUCCACCUUGUAGGCAAGGAUGGCAUGUCUCAUAUGAUGAUGGUUUUACAUUAUACUAAAUCAUAUGUGAUCACUUUUAUUUAGCUGCAUUAGAUGCAAAAUUGUUGCAGUUGCCCAAGUAAUGCGAUGACAUACAUAAAAUCCUGUACAAAUACCUCAAAAAGCAGCAAUAUUUUAUACUUCAAAUGAGCUUUAAUGAUAAUUUUAUACU